AUGUUGAAGAAACUUAAGAGCAAGCGUCAUAGGCAUAAAAAUGUCGAGCAAAAGACAGUUGAAGCACCAAUUAAAGCCCCUCCCGCAUCAACACCAGCACCAGGACAUGUGUCCCAGGUCAAAGAGGUGCCUGAAAAAGCACACACCUCCAAGCAGUCUGCUAUUGCCCCCUUCGAAAAAGCAGCGAGUUAUUCUAUAGCUAUCGACGAAAAGCCCAAAGCUGAACUCGUCCCAAGAGACCUUUGGCCAGAUGCGCUGGCCCAGUUACCUCCACCCAAGCAGGGUAUAUUGAAGAAUCUGGGUCUGGACGAAAUUAGAUCCGUGUCUGCUGAAUUCAUAAUCAACGAUCUGGUGGCUGUGGCUAGCCUGGCCUGGGCUGUUGUGAAAUCUUUGAUGGAGAUUCCUGUUGCCGAGGUAGCGCAAAUGUGUGCACUUCUUGGUACCACCGAAAAGGUUGUACGCAUUUUCAGUCGCGGGCAGGUAUAUGAACAAGUCUACCUCCCGCAGGUCUCUGGUUCACCUUUGGACACCGCGCAGAAGAGUCUCGAGUCUGACAAGACGGUUGGAGCUCUUGCAGAAAUUACAGAGCAAGAAGACGAACUUAUUCGUGAUGUUCAAACCUGUGAGAGUAAGCGCAGCUCGGAAUCUGACAAACGAAUGAUUGGAAUGUUGGAGACCUUCAACGGUUCGACUUUCCGGAUUGACCAAGAUGUCAACUAUAUUCUCGAGAAAAUGGAAGAAGCGAAACGUAUCAAGGUACUAGAAUGGAUUUCAUCAAUUCCAUUUGGCAAGAAUCGCGAUAAUAUCAGAGAGAGGAGAACCACCCGCACGGGUCAGUGGCUUUUGCAGCAUGCUGAUUUCCGGUCUUGGGAGAACAAAAAGUCUUCGGCAGUCUUGUGGCUCCAAGGAACUGCUGGAACCUGCAAGACAUAUCUCACAUCGAGUGUUGUGGACCGAAUUCGGAGUUCCGCCACUGGCGCUAUUAAUGACGAAGGAUUUGCGUUUUUCUACUGUGAUCGCAACGGGUCACGACGUGCCCAACCAGAUUCUAUCCUCCAAAGCUUUGUCCGACAACUUUCAAUUCCUGCGCAAAAACCUCAGCAUAUCCAGUCUCGAAUCACAGAGGCCUUUAAAAAGGCUCGUAAAAAUGGCACCGACUUCCGCCCUGACCAGUGCGUGGAGCUUGUCCAGGACUGCUUGGACGGAUACAGAACAACGACUCUAAUUAUUGAUGCCAUGGAUGAAUGUGAUCCUGACGAUCGCCAACCAGACUCUGACAUCAGGAAGCAGCUCGAGGACAGUCUGAAGAUCGCUAUCUCCGCAGAUACCAAUCAAGAGGAUAUCAGAAGUUACCUUGACGCUGAACUUGAUAGGAUGGCACAAAAACCGUCCAAGUCCUUCCUGAAAUCAGUGAAAGAGAUCGUCAUUGAAAAGCUGCUCGAACGUUGCCAAGGAAUGUUCCAAUGGGCAUAUCUUCAAAUUCAUCAAAUCCUCGAGUGUUAA